GGUCCUGCUUAUAUGUAUUAAGUUUUUCAGGGUGAUUAUUUGGCUGCAUAUAUAUUUAUAAGAUUCCUUUAAAGAGGAAAGGAAUAUUGCAUAUAGUCAAUGAGUGCAUAUCUCAAAAGAUAUUGAUCGUGCAAUGGGAACUCCAACAAGAAGGUGUGACAUGAAUACAUAUUACUCCUUCUUUCUCACUUGAAAAAAAAAAAAAAAAAAGUAGCAAAGAAAUUUGCAUGUAACAAAUAUAACAAAUUUAUGUUUUGUCCUACAGUGGAAAUAUUAAAAAACCUAAUGAAGCAAUGAAGCUCAUAAUAGCAGCCAUUGUUGGAGUUGUUUUUGGCUUCUUUGUAGGAGUAUCAUUUCCAACAAUAUCGUUAACUAAGAUGAAUCUCCCAUCAAGCCUUUUCCCGUCCAUUGAUCUCACAUAUGUUGAGGAUAAGUACUCCAAAAUUCAAACCAAUUCUAUUUGGGAUGCUUUGGCUUCCUUUAGAGGUGAUAGAAAUUUGUACGAUGAGCUUCACAAAGUCGAUGAGAAGACAAAGAUUUGGGUACCUACAAACCCUAGAGGAGCUGAAAGACUACCUCCUCGAAUUGUCGAAUCACAAUCGGAUUUAUAUCUCCGCCGGUUAUGGGGUCAACCACAUCAGGACCUAACUAUCAGACCAAAGUAUCUUGUUACUUUUACUGUUGGUUAUGAUCAGAGUGACAACAUUGAUGCUGCAGUAAGAAAGUUCUCAGAAAACUUCACUAUUGUGUUAUUCCACUAUGAUGGCCGGGUUAGUGAGUGGGACAAGUUUGAGUGGUCAAAGAAAGCAAUUCAUAUCAGUGCUAGAAAGCAAAGUAAAUGGUGGUAUGCUAAACGCUUUCUACACCCUGAUAUUGUGGCUCCCUAUGACUACAUCUUCAUUUGGGAUGAGGAUCUAGGCAUGGAGCAUUUUGAUGCAGAGGAGUACUUGAAAAUAGUAAGCAAGCAUGGUUUGGAGAUCUCACAGCCUGGUCUAGACCCAAGUAGUAGUAGUUUUACAUGGCAAAUGACAAGAAAAAAAGAUGGUAGUGAAGUACACAAGGAUGCUGAGGAGAAAAACGGUUGGUGUUCUAAUCCACCUGUGCCACCUUGUGCUGCAUUUGUUGAGAUCAUGGCUCCUGUAUUUUCCAGAGAUUCAUGGCGUUGUGUGUGGCAUAUGAUACAGAAUGACCUAGUUCAUGGAUGGGGUAUUGAUUUUGCUCUCAGAAAAUGUGUGGAGCCUGCUCAUGAGAAAAUAGGAGUUGUUGAUGCACAAUGGGUUGUCCACCAAAGUGUUCCUUCACUUGGAAACCAGGGGCAAGCGGAGGGUGGAAAGGCACCAUGGGAAGGGGUGAGAGAGAGGUGUCAAAAAGAAUGGUCAAUGUUCAAAGAGCGUUUGGCUAAUGCAGAGAAGGAUUAUUUCAAGCAGCAAAUUAAGGGAUUUGUAUAUCCCCCUAAUUAGAGACUUAGGACAUUCAUUAUGCAAAUUAAUUUUUGAAAUGUGUUACAUCUAUGUUGGUUUCAUUCCUUAAUGGGUUAAAUUAAGUUUGGUAUAGAAAUUUUAUCUCACCUGAAAUUUUGAAAUUGCUAUGUUGGCUCCCAUGAUUGAGGAGGUAUGAACCCUGAUUCUUCUUCUUAUGUGUCUGAAUUUUCUAUUGCAC